CUUACGAGGAGGGACAGCCAGUCACAGGCUCUUGCUACACACCAGCUCCACCCACCCAUCGCGCGGUCCCCGCCUCCAACGGAUACACGCUACUGAAACGUGCGGCGCUGCCUCCACCUCUUUGCAAUCUUAGGGCCGACUAGUUAUGCACCCCAAGUGACCAAUGGGCUUCGUCGGGCGGAGCUGAGUCGAGUGUGGCGGGUGAAGAAUUGGGAGGAGCGCAGAGCGCCUGACGAAGGGAGGCUGUGGUUGUGCUUUGGUGGCGAUGGCGGCUCUUCCCGGUUCGGCAGCUCGGCCCCGUAGCGGUUGCUGCGUGCACUGGUUCCGGCGAGGUUUGCGACUGCACGAUAACCCCGCGUUGCAAGCGGCCAUCCGGGAUGGCGGUUCCGUGCGCUGCAUCUAUAUCUUGGACCCUUGGUUCGCGGCCUCCUCUGCUGUGGGCGUCAACCGCUGGCGGUUUUUACUCCAGUCCCUGGAAGAUUUGGACAACAGUUUACGAAAACUCAAUUCCCGCUUGUUUGUAGUACGAGGCCAGCCUACUGAUGUUUUUCCAAGGCUCUUUAAAGAAUGGGGCGUGAUCCGUCUUACCUUUGAAUAUGACUCUGAGCCCUUUGGGAAAGAGAGAGAUAUGGCUAUAGUGAAGCUGGCUAAAGAAGCUGGAGUAGAAGUGAUAACAGAGAACUCGCAUACCCUUUAUGACCUGGACAGGAUAAUUGAACUGAAUGGGUAUAAACCUCCUCUAACUUACAAGCGUUUCCAGGCCAUCAUUAGUCGCAUGGACUUGCCCAAGAAGCCAGUUGCCACGAUAACAAAUCAGCAAAUGGAGAAGUGCCAGACUGAGAUCCAAGAAAAUCAUGAUGACACAUACGGUGUUCCAUCUUUGGAGGAGCUGGGCUUCCCCACUGAGGGUCUUGCCCCAGCUGUCUGGCAAGGAGGGGAGACUGAAGCCUUAACUCGUCUGGAUAAGCAUCUGGAAAGAAAGGCAUGGGUUGCAAACUAUGAGAGGCCAAGGAUGAACACCAAUUCAUUGUUGGUCAGUCCCACAGGGCUCAGUCCCUACCUUCGGUUUGGGUGCUUGUCCUGCCGCUUAUUCUACUAUCGGCUCUGGGAACUAUACAAAAAGGUGAAGCGGAACAGCACUCCACCACUGUCACUAUACGGCCAGUUACUCUGGAGGGAAUUUUUUUAUACAGCUGCUUCAAACAAUCCUAAGUUUGACCGUAUGGAGGGGAACCCGAUUUGCAUUCAGAUCCCGUGGGACAAGAAUCCUGAAGCCUUGGCAAAGUGGGCAGAAGGCAAGACAGGCUUCCCCUGGAUUGAUGCUAUCAUGACACAAUUGAGACAGGAGGGUUGGAUUCAUCACCUGGCCCGGCAUGCUGUGGCCUGCUUUUUGACAAGAGGUGACCUAUGGAUCAGCUGGGAGUGUGGAGUAAGGGUAUUUGAUGAGCUGCUGCUGGAUGCAGAUUUCAGUGUGAAUUCAGGCAGCUGGAUGUGGCUUUCGUGCAGUGCUUUUUUCCAACAGUUCUUCCACUGUUAUUGCCCUGUUGGCUUUGGACGUCGUACAGAUCCCAGUGGCGACUACAUCAGGCGAUAUCUUCCCAAGUUGAAAGGUUUUCCCUCCCGCUACAUUUACGAGCCCUGGAAUGCUCCUGAGACUGUGCAAAAGGCAGCAAAAUGUAUCAUUGGGAUAGACUAUCCCAAACCCAUGGUGAACCAUGCAGAGACCAGCCGAAUGAACAUAGAGCGCAUGAAACAGAUCUACCAGCAGCUCUCACGCUACAGAGGCCUGUGUUUAUUGGCCUCUGUUCCUUCCAGCAUGGAAGACCUCAGCAACCCCGUUACAGACCCUUCCACAAACCAAGGAAGCUGCAUCAGUACAACACCAAGGCAGUCACACUGUGGCCAGACUUCUCCGAAACGGAAGCAUGAUGUUGUGGAGGAACACAGUGAAGAGCUGUACAAACGAGCCAAAGUUAUGGCUCUGCAAAUUCCAAAGGACCUACAGCAAGAACUUGUGCAUCCUGAAAUGAGUAACUGACAAGGCAAAAAUCAUGUCCUGAAAUGUGCACUUCAGUAGCAAAGAAGGAUUUCUGCCAGACGGAUCAGAACAUUGACCAACACCUUUACUUGUCAAGUGUAUUAAUGUGUAACAAAGAUUCCACACAAGUACAGGAUGCAAUGAACAAACUUUGUUGAUAAGCAAAAGCCCUGGAGAACAAAUCUCUGGCUUUCCUGAAAUACACUUGGAAUCAGCUAAGAAAAGAAAUUAAGUAAGACUUGCUCUUUCCUGAGUAAAUAACCUGUUUCCUCAGGUGGGAUCCCCUUGUUGCUCCAAAGCAUCUCUUAUUUAGUGUUCACUCAUCACUUAUUAAUGGGUAUUGGGAUGAACCAUGCAAAAUAUUUCAUGGUGCUAAACAUAGUUCCAGAGCUGCACCUAUUAAACACUCCAGGUACUGUCUCUGACAUUCAAACAGGGGUAACACCAUGUAGACUGCCACAAGGGUAGCAUGUAUUGGUUUAUAAAGGGACAGUGUAGUAACAGCGAUGACCAGUUUGACUUAGGACAGAAAUAGUGACAUAGUUGGAUGGUGAGAAUGGCAGUAACUAUUAUGUUAGGUGAGAAGGUCCACUAUGCUUUUUCCGCCACAUAAUCUUCAUGACUGUUCAAUGAUGUUGAAAAGAGGUGUUCUAGACACAUGAUUUUCCUAUGGGAAGGGCUCUGUGUUGCAAUUCUGCAAGAGUAUAGGAAUGGUUACAGAACUUUGUUCCAUAAAAACCUUCAGAUUUCAGUUUUUUUACAAAAGCAAGUUUCCUUAUGGUUGCAAGACAUACGUGGAAGUAUGUACAUAAUGCCUGGUGACCUCUCAGAAGCCAGAUGGUUGUGAAUGAGAUUUUUUGAGGUCAGAAAAUGUAACUUCAGUCCUCUACAUAGCUUCUUUUCUCUCCCCAUGAGUAGCAGAAGCGAAAUAAAUUAUACAAAAUCAGAGAUUGCAUAUGCACUUCAUUUGCAUAAUUUAUAAGAUCACAAAACUGAUUUUCUGGAGAAAAUUUAGCAAUUUUUAAAAAACAGUAUAACAGUCCUACUUGUGUGAACUUCUUUUUAUGAGUGGCCCAGAAGCUAAGUCUAGUUUGAAGACAUUUUCUGACCUCCUUACAGCCUGGAAUUUCUCCUCUUACAGCAAGACAUUCAUGACAUGGAUUGGUUAAAGUCUGUUGUGAACUGUGUGGAGUUAACGUGUCACUGGGAUUAAGUGAAAAGACCUUUUCUGUGUGGGUUUUGCCAGCAAUCCCCUUCUGAUGUGGUUGGUCCCUUUUUCCCAGCUGUAGGUUGCAAUGUAUUUGCAUCUUUUUUUAAGUACACCUCAAUUCCUGUACCGCAUGCCUUGCCUUCACCUUAAAGAGUACUUGGAAUUGUAGCCAGCCAACAUCAUAGCUCCUUCAGAUUAUUGAUCAUGUUUUCUUGAUUUGUUUUCAGUGUAACCUUUGCAGGGUUCCUGGCCCCCUCCCAGUGGGAAGAUAUUGUUUCAUACAGUGCAACGAGCUGUCCUGAGUAAUUUUUUCUGUGUAAAGCACUUCAAUCUUGUUUGUGGUUAGAUUCCAGGAAUGUUAUCACAGAUGGAUUCUCAGCAGUUAUAUGGAGUUAUAUAAUGCCCAAAUAGUCUACUCUCUUAUUAGAGACUGAAUCUGUUAAGAUGGGAGGCAUGGACCUUAGACCAUUGAAUGUUGAGAAGGUGAAUAGCCUUGGUGACACAGUUUCCCCAUGUCUUCAAGGUGUCAUUCUAAUUAGGAGGCAUGUGAAAAACCACUUUCAGUAAUGUUUCUAUGAAACCCUUGGACACAUUUCCCAAACAAAACAGAUUACCUCUUCAGCCCUCUUGUUGGGUGUCCUUACUUCCUAAGCCAUCAUUUCUGGUUCCUCCCUAGACGAAAACCAAGUACGAUUCAUAUUAUUUGGUGUUCUGAAUACUUAAGCCAGACUGAAAGUGUGGUGAAGGAGUGAGUCCUGUUCCCUACCACAGAGGAAAGAAAUGCACUUUCUACACUUCAAAUUCAAACUGUGACUUCUAUUCCUUAAAAUGUUUUCCUGCAUUUACAGUUGUGUGUAACUAUUAACUUGUUUUAUAAAUGUCUUUAUCCCUGUA